GGGAAAAGGUGUCCGCCUGCAGUUUGCCCCGAACUGCGAGCCUACGGCUGGGCUUCACAAAAAUCCGAUAUUCGUAUUGACCAAGAACCGCAGUGCCAUAUUAUCCUUCUUUGACUCGACCUUUUUCCUACGGCGAAUAGCGCGGUCGCUCUCGGUUCUGACAUUCCUUUUUGAUCCCUUUGUGUGCUGCUUGGAACGGGCUCAUCUGCGACACUCGACAAAUCAGCGGACCGUCAUAACUACUCACGUUUCACAAUCCUCUCGUUUCCGACAGAAGUCAUAAAUUUGGCCACGCAGAGUCUGUACCCUCGAGAAUCGUGUCACAAAUCGACUCCCUCGAAAAGGCGCCCGUCUAAUCGAUCCUACCUCAACGGACUUCCAUCACUACGUCUCGAAGGAAUGCCUUGCAUUCUCCACUAGCCUUUCCUUGUGACAUUAUCAUGCGUCUGCCAUCAUGGCUUUCGCUGCUGCUUCUGGCUGGAAAUGUGAUAGCUGGUCGGCGGGAGUACGACAAGAAUGACUAUUUUGCCGCCCAUCUUGCUCCAGCAGCGGAUCCUCAAGAGGUGGUUCGUCGUUUCGGGGUCCUGCAUGAAGGGCAAAUCGGGGAAUUGAGCAGACAUCACACCUUCUCUUGCCCCAAAGGCUCCUGUCAAGACUUCGAGACUUCCUUGCACGAAUUAAAACUGCGAAAAACAAGACGGCGGAGGGCGGUGGACCUGCAAGAACGUCAGCCGUCCUGGAGAGAUCUAUCUGCAGAAUUGGGUGGCAUUCUAUGGGCAGAAAAACAACAGUUACGGCAUCGUCAUGUCAAGCGAAUCCCACCACCGACAUCCCCAAACCUUGGAUCGAGGCGGGAACAGGCAGACUCGAAAGCCAAUGAAGAGCCGGACUCUGCGCAGCAGGAAGCUAUUCAACGCCUGAACAGCAUUGCGGAAACGCUGGACAUUCAAGAUCCUAUAUUCAAAGAGCAAUGGCACCUGUUUAAUCCGUUGCAGCUAGGGCAUGACUUGAAUGUGACUGGUGUAUGGCUGGAAGGCAUCACAGGCAACGGUACUAUCUCUGCUGUUAUUGACGACGGUCUUGAUAUGUACAGCGAUGAUCUAAAAGCAAACUAUUAUGCUGAAGGGUCAUAUGAUUUCAACGAGAAGUCUCCUGAACCAAAACCCCGGCUGUUUGACGACAAACAUGGUACGCGCUGUGCUGGAGAGAUUGCCGCGGUCAGGAACAACGUUUGCGGAGUAGGCAUGGCGUAUGACAGCAAGGUUGCUGGCAUCCGAAUUCUGUCUAAACCCAUAAGUGAUGAAGACGAGGCAACAGCUAUCAACUACCACUACCAGGAGAACGACAUCUAUUCGUGCUCAUGGGGUCCGCCCGAUGAUGGGGCAACGAUGGAGGCUCCUGGACUCCUCAUUCAAAGAGCCAUGGUCAAUGGCAUCCAGAGUGGCAGAGGCGGCCUGGGGUCUGUGUUCGUAUUCGCAGCGGGAAACGGAGCAGCCAGCGAAGACAAUUGCAACUUUGAUGGAUACACAAACAGCAUCUACAGUAUUACAGUCGGAGGCAUUGACAGAGCUGGCAAUCAUCCAUAUUACUCCGAGGCUUGCUCGGCGCAGCUGGUUGUGACAUAUAGCUCUGGCCACCAGGAUGCUAUCCAUACAACUGAUGUCGGCGUCGACAAAUGCUACACCGGCCAUGGUGGUACAUCGGCUGCCGGCCCACUAGUGGUAGGCACUGUUGCCCUCGCCCUUAGUGCCAGACCAGACCUCAGCUGGAGAGAUCUUCAAUAUCUGUGUGUGGAAACGGCAAUCCCAAUACAUUUGGACGAUGGCGGCUGGCAGAACACCACGAUCGGUAAAAGGUUCAGUCACAUUUACGGCUAUGGCAAGGUCGACGCAUACCGUUUCGUCGAGGCUGCGAAGGCAUUCGUACCUGUAAAACCGCAAGCUUGGUUUCACUCACCUUGGCUCAGUGUUCAGCACCAGAUUCCCGAGGGUGACAAGGGGCUUGCUGCGAGUUUCAAUGUCACCGAAGACAUGCUAAGGGAUGCCAAUCUAGAAAGGCUUGAGCAUGUGACAGUCACCAUGAAUGUCGAGCAUGGCAGAAGAGGAGACUUGAGUGCCGACCUGAUCAGUCCUGAUGGGGUAGUCAGCCACCUUGCAACAACUCGCCGCCCAGAUAGUGCCGAUACCGGUUAUGAAGACUGGACAUUCAUGUCUGUUGCUCACUGGGGAGAGCAUGGAGUUGGCAAAUGGACCGUUAUCGUCAAGGACACCAAUCAGAACGAGUUCAACGGCACAUUCAUUGACUGGCGUCUCAAUCUCUGGGGUGAAUGUAUCAACGAUCAGAUCCAAGGCCUACAUCCACUGCCGGAUGAGCACGAUGAUGACCAUGAAACCGCGACGGCAAUAGUCAGUACGACAAGCGUGGAUGCAGCACCCCCACCGACUUCGCUGCCAGCAAAACCUACCGACCAUAUUGACCGACCAACGAAGCCGAAGCCUAGCGAGGAUUCUGAUGAUCCUGAUACCACAGCUACCGUCACCGCUACAAGCACAAUCUUGGUACCAGCGGCCACGACGACUGUGGUGGCAGAACCUACACAUGCCUACUCUGACAGCUUCCUUCCCUCCUUCUUCCCUACAUUUGGUGUCUCCAAGCGAACUCAGAUUUGGAUUUACGGCUCCAUAGGUUUGAUUAUAGUCUUCUGCGCCGGCCUCGGGGUCUAUUUCGUGGUCCAGCGAAGAAAACGACUUCGGAAUAACCCAAGGGAUGCUUAUGAGUUCGAAAUGGUGGGAGAUGCGGACGAUGACGAACAGCAAGGCCUGAAUUCUCGCGGUGGGCGCGGCAAAGGCAGGGCUCGUCGAGGAGGGGAGCUUUACGAUGCAUUUGCGGGUGAAAGUGAUGAUGAUCUCUACAGUGAGGAAGAUACAUAUCAAGAUACACCUAGUAACGACACCAGCACAGGCUCGAGGGGCGACAGCCCUGCAGAGAGGGAAAAGUAAGGCAUCAUAUUGCAGUUAGGCGUUUGGCAUGAAAAAGAUGUACAGUACGAUGUAUUGUUACGAAACG